CCUAAAAACUCUGAGGCAAAACACCCUCCUUCACUGUAAAGUGAAAAUCAGCACAUUAGAAAACCUCUCUGAAGGGGGGGAGUUGUCUAUCAGAAUAUCAUUCAUCAGUGCAAAAGAGAAAGUGUGUCACUCUGUUUGCAAUGGCGAUGAUGCUGCAGCUGAUCUUUGUUCUCUGCACUCUGAUCUCAAUCACAGUGUCCAGUGAUGUGUUCAGACUGGCUGGCAGUUCUGUUCAACUGGAUGUACAGGAUCCUGUACCAGACUUUGAUGACUUAUUCUGGGUGUUUAACAGAGAAAACAAUGUUCUAAAAUAUAAUAACAAAAACAAUAUUAAAUACUAUUCUGAUUAUAAAGGCAGAGUGGAGUUCAAUGAGGAAACCUACAGUCUGACACUGAAGAACUUACAGAAGACUGAUAGUGGAAUGUAUGAAGCAAAAGCGUCUGGUGAUGUGGUCACAGAUGUUGCUGAGUACAGACUCUCUGUGUUGGAUCCAGUGGAGGCUCCAGUCCUGACUCACCAGCUGGGCACAGACACCUCUAACAUCACUCUCACCUGUAGAGGUCAUGACCUCUCUAUCAACUCUAGCUGUGAACAAGAAACCUGUGAGGAGAAGGAAGUGACAUCACCUGGAGGCGUCUCCCUUUCCCUGUUUGUCAAUGGCAGCACCAUCAUCUGUAACCAUAGCAGCCCAGUCAGCUGGAAGAAAGAUGUUUUGGAGAUGAGAGAACUGAAACGACUCUGUGCUGAUGAAGAUCCAGUAGAGGCUCCAGUCCUGACUCACCAGCUAAGCAGAGAUACCUGUAACAUCACUCUCACCUGUAGACGUCAUGACCUCUCUCUCAACUCCAGCUGUGAACAAGAAACCUGUGAGGAGAAAGAAGUGACAUUUCCUGGAGGCGUCACCCUUUCCCUGUUUGUCAAUGGCAGCACCAUCAUCUGUAACAAUAGUAACACAGUCAGCUGGAAGACGGAUGUUUUGGAGAUGAGAGAACUUAAACGACUCUGUGCUGAUGAAGAUCCAGUAGAGGCUCCAGUCCUGACUCACCAGCUAAGCAGAGAUACCUGUAACAUCACUCUCACCUGUAGACGUCAUGACCUCUCUCUCAACUCCAGCUGUGAACAAGAAACCUGUGAGGAGAAAGAAGUGACAUUUCCUGGAGGCGUCACCCUUUCCCUGUUUGUCAAUGGCAGCACCAUCAUCUGUAACCAUAGUAACACAGUCAGCUGGAAGACGGAUGUUUUGGAGAUGAGAGAACUUAAACGACUCUGUGCUGAUGAAGAUCCAGUAGAGGCUCCAGUCCUGACUCACCAGCUAAGCAGAGAUACCUGUAACAUCACUCUCACCUGUAGACGUCAUGACCUCUCUCUCAACUCCAGCUGUGAACAAGAAACCUGUGAGGAGAAAGAAGUGACAUUUCCUGGAGGCGUCACCCUUUCCCUGUUUGUCAAUGGCAGCACCAUCAUCUGUAACCAUAGUAACACAGUCAGCUGGAAGACGGAUGUUUUGGAGAUGAGAGAACUUAAACGACUCUGUGCUGAUGAAGAUCCAGUAGAGGCUCCAGUCCUGACUCACCAGCUAAGCAGAGAUACCUGUAACAUCACUCUCACCUGUAGACAUCAUGACCUCUCUCUCAACUCCAGCUGUGAACAAGAAACCUGUGAGGAGAAAGAAGUGACAUUUCCUGGAGGCGUCACCCUUUCCCUGUUUGUCAAUGGCAGCACCAUCAUCUGUAACCAUAGUAACACAGUCAGCUGGAAGACGGAUGUUUUGGAGAUGAGAGAACUUAAACGACUCUGUGCUGAUGAAGAUCCAGUAGAGGCUCCAGUCCUGACUCACCAGCUAAGCAGAGAUACCUGUAACAUCACUCUCACCUGUAGACGUCAUGACCACUCUCUCAACUGCAGCUGUGAACAAGAAACCUGUGAGGAGAAGGAAGUGACAUUUCCUGGAGGCGUCACCCUUUCCCUGUCUGUCAAUGGCAGCACCAUCAUCUGUAACCAUAGCAACCCAGUCAGCUGGAAGACGGAUGUUUUGGAGACGAGAGAACUUAAACAACUCUGUGUUGAUGAAGGAAGAAAAAGAAACAAAAGAUCGCGUGUCAUGGUUGCCAUAGUGGUCAUGGUUGCUGUCUUUGUUUUCUUUAUCAUCUUAUAUCUUCACUGGAAGAAGAAUCAACCAGUGGCCAAAGUUAAUUGA